AUGGACGAGCUCAUUUGCGCCUUGACCACUCAUGCCGCUCCGAUCGAGUUUACGGACACAUUAGAAGACGCAUUGGCUCUUGUCGACUACCAUAAAGACAAACGCAUCAUCUUCAUCUCGUCAGCAUCACUUGGAAAAGACAUUAUUCCCAAGAUCACUGCUAAUCAUGUCCAUGUUCAUUCCUUUUAUAUCUUCUGUGGUCAAAUCAAACACUGUUUGGAUUGGGCCAUGGACUAUUUGGACUGCUUGCAAAUGUUCGACUUUGAGAUCGAUCUGCUCGUGCGACUCGCACGUGAUAUAUCCAAAGAUAUUAUUAACCAAGGAAAGAUGUAUAUGAUGGACCUGCAAGAUCCGACUAGCGCACUCAGAUACUUUGAAAGCGCUCGCACCCUGGAAGAACGAGCAAAUGCUCGGGAUACGUUGAAUCAUCCAUUUCAUGAACAUCUCAAAAUGCUUAAUGGUGAACAAAAUAAAACUGGACUCAUUGCACAAGCGCGCGAAAUGCAACAACAGCAACUCGCGAAUGUAGGUGCGACAACGGUCUGCUAA